CCCGGAGUGAAUAACAAGGAAAAUAGAAAAGGUCCAGCUAGCAGAAGACACAACGUGCUGCGAUCCCAUUUGUCUCCGGAUUCUUCGUCUUCUGCCAUGGCUUCUGAGAAAGAAGCCGCUCUUGCGGCUGCCCCCUCCGAUGCUCCGACCAUCUUUGACAAAAUCAUCAAGAAAGAGAUUCCAGCAAAUGUGGUUUAUGAGGAUGAUAAGGUGUUAGCCUUUAGGGACAUAGCUCCUCAAGCUCCCACACAUAUUGUAAUUAUUCCCAAAGUAAAAGAUGGCUUGACUGGACUGUCAAAGGCUGAGGAAAGGCACUUCGAGAUUCUUGGCUGCCUUCUUUACACUGCUAAGCUGGUAGCCAAACAGGAAGGACUAGAAGAUGGCUUCAGGGUUGUGAUUAAUGAUGGCCCACAAGGAUGUCAAUCUGUUUAUCACAUUCACGUCCACCUCCUUGGUGGCCGCCAAAUGAACUGGCCUCCAGGCUAAGAU